AUGUGCCAGGGCCACCACGACAACGAUGCCGCCGCCGACGACCAGGGCCGCCGCCGGCACCACCACGACCCACUUUCAGCGAGACACAUCUGCCGGGCAGUGGUGCUGGGCAGUUGCGCGGACGGCACUGCUGCGGAGCCACCCAGAUCUGCGGUGCUGGCGGUGGUGGCAGGUGCUGGCUUGCCAACUGUGCCCAGCGAGGGCGUAUGGGACGAGCCAGACUCAGAGGCCUGGCAGGAGCCAGACGUGGCAGCUGCUACGGAGCUCCUCGUAGACAUUGCAAACGCCUCGAGCAGCCUUGAGGAGGCAGCGGUGGCUCAGGCAGCGCAGAACGUACGCCACGCUGAGACGCAGAUCUGGAACCUUGCAAGAGAGUUUGAUGACAGCCCGGCAGCCACGGGCGUGCUGAACGGAACGCACCACAGGACCCUCCAAGAGGAGCCUCCUGUUCCAGCGACACUGCGUGCAGUCUACCAGCUGUGCCCUGGCUGGGAGCGUGCAAGUCCUGAAGAGUUGGCGGAGGAGGUACUGCGGAAGGCGAGUCAGAGCUCUCCCUCGGAAGCCCUUCGACUGAUGCGGUGUGUGGCCGGCGUUUCAGAGCUGAAUUCUGCCGGCGCAACGCCUUCCAAGCUGGCGUUGAGGGCAUCGUUGGCAGCCUUCUCAGCAGGUCAGCCUGUGCAGGAGAUUGCCGUCUUCCUCGUUUGGCUGUCGGCGGCUGAUGCGGUGAGGCUGAUGGAGUUUACCAUUGAGGAUCAAAGUGCCACCGGGAGCCGUCAUUUGGAGGUCAUUGCGCAUCUCCGAACUCAGAGCACGCUCUCCGGGUCCGAUGCAUCCCAGCUGGAGGAGGUCCUGCGGCAGGCUGAAGCGCUGAUCUUGCUGCGGACCCUGGUGGAGGGGAGCGAUGGGGAGGAGCACUUCCCAAUGCGGCUGCUUCCCGGGUGCCGCCUCGGGGAAGCUGUCGCAGCCUGGCGCCAGCAGCUGGCGGUGCUGCCGCCUUCUGUGCGUGAGGCUGCACAGGCACUGCUCGACACCGGCUUCGAUUCAGGUUGA